AUGAGAGCUUCUGCUGCGAUUUUGGAGUGGGAACCUCCACCUCUGGGGACCAUUAAGCUCAAUACCGAUGCAACAAUUUCAGUUACUAAGGGGAUGGAUGUAUCAAGUGCAGUUUGCAGGGAUGCGAAUGGUAGUGUUUUAAGGUGGGGAGUUAAACUGAUGCAGGGAGUCGUUGAUGCUGAGCUCGCCGAAGCUCAUGCUUUGCUGUUUGGUGUUCAGAUAGCCUCAGCAUUUCCUGGGACUUCAUUAAUCUGUGAAUCUGAUGCCUCUAAUGUUAUAAACAGAACUUUGGCUCCGGUAAGUGCAAUUGAUCCUAUUCAGUUGGUUGUUAACGACUGUGUAGGGUUGGUGAGAGAUCGCGACGUAGUCUUCAAAUUUGUUCGACGUCAAUGCAACCAUGUUGCCCAUACUUUGACAAAAUGGGGUAUCUUUUUUGGCAAAGACUGUAUCUCUAACGGGAACGUUCCUUUUCCGGUGAAUGAACUUAUUCAUGUCUCGUUUGAUUGA